AUGGACAUCCUUUUAAUUAAUGUAGAUUUAAGGACAGAACGCUUGGAUAUGAUAGAAUUGAGACUCAACCAAAUCAUAAAUUAGAUUCUGAUUAAUAUAAAUACUUAUGUAAACUUAAAUCUGCAUAUAAAAUUAUGUUAAAUUAUAGAGUUUAGAGAUUAGAGAUAUCUUUAAAACUUAUAAUAAAUUAGUUAAUAAACCCUUCAGUAUGAUUACCAUAAAUUUGAAAAAAUAUAAACGUAAUUCGUAAUCAAAUUAUAUUGGUGGUGUAACCCUAUAUAUUAAUUUAUAUUGUACUUUAUUAAUAAUGUGUAAAAAUUCUAAACAGUUACUUAAGAUUAUAGAUUGGUGAGAAGGAGCAAAAGAGAUAAAUAUAUUCAAAAUAUGGCAUAAAUAAAUAAUGGAUUUACUUCAAAAAGAGUAAUAUGUGCCAAGAUGAAGAAGGAGAUUUAUGAAUCUGGAUAGGCAGACUUAGCGUUAAGGGAUUAAUAAAAAUGGAAGAUUAGAUGA